GUGUUUACCACUUAUGGCUUUAUUUCCAGUAUGUUUAAUUAAUGCUGUACCCUAAUGGCUAUCGAAAAACAAAGCAAAUUACUUGUGUCUAAAGUGAUGAACUAUCUCUGACUUAUCAGUGCUAUUGUCCAGUUAUCCGCAUAAGUUGCCAUGCAGUUGUAGUUCAUUCUAUAUCUUGUAUAUUGUGUAAUGCAUGUAUUGAUUCGAAUUAGAUGAAUUUGUCCUGUGAUUUGUUAUAUGAAUCACGGAAUUGUUUAAAAAGCCAGUUUCUAAUAUCUUGUAUUGUUAUUGUUGAUGAUUUUCACUUUUAGUUCUUUAUUAUUCCGAUCCCAUCUUCAAGCAAACGCAGAAUAAUCGUUCUUAAACCGAAGUUGCUCAACAGAAUUUUGAUGUGAUUUGAUGAAAAUUUGGAACACUUUCAAUGUCACUGCUUGGGAUGCAAAUUAUAAACAAUUUCUUGCCUAUAUAAAUUCAAGUGGUUAUCUAGUCAAAAGCACAUACAUGUCUUCAGGUCAUCCAAGUGCGUAUCAGGUUGUUGCGCCAAUUGUCCAUUUUUUAAUGCUUAAGCGAUGAAAAUUUUUGUACUCAUAUUGCUGGUCUUAUUAUCGAUUAAUCUUGGAACCACUGAAGGUGGCUACGUAAGCACUUCAAGAAAAUAUCCAUCAUCUAUUUCACGGUCUGAUAUAACUGACGGAUUAUGGAAGUCAAGAACAGAAUGGAAGUUCCAGUGGGUAAAAGAAUGGCAUGUAAAAAAGGUAUUUAUACCAAUCUGGAGAAAAGUGUGGACUCCAGUAGAAAUAAAAGAAUGGAUUCCUGUGCCAAAAGCUCUGCACAAAUAGAGCCAAUCCUAGGAAACUUAACUGUAUAUAACUGCACUUUAUAUACCAUCCUGAGCAUACUAAAUUCCAACAAUGUGA